AUGUCUACGUUGUCGUUUACUCUUAAAGUUGUCUUGACCAUCGAGUAUUUUCACCAUAAGGAACUGGAUGAACGAUGUGUCCUGGCACUGAGCAAAAUAUUUAAACAUAUGGCAGCUGCAGCUACUGAAAUUACCAUAUGUCGUUCGACAAGGAGAAAUCUAAGAUAUAUUUUACUAUGGCCAAAUAUUAAUGAGGAACUUGAACCCGGCAACUCUUACACCGGUAAAAUUGUGACACACGUAUUUAUAACGGCAGCAUUCCCCUUGUGUGUGUUGAUCCAUGUUAUAACAACUAAGACAAGGAAUCUAGACGUGCCAGUAGUAGAUAACAUUAGCGUAUUAGCAUCUCUAGCUGGUACAUAUUACAUGAGCUUUAUAUACACGAAAAAUCAAUCAAAAGUAGCAAGACUUCUCAAGGAAAUGUCAAGUUUUGAAAAUUUUGGAAAACCUCCUAAUUUUGACCAAAAGGAGCAAGUUUUGAAUUUUUUCUCCACAUUUUUCUUCGUUUAUAUUUCUGUUGGUAUAGUACAAAUAAAACAUUUGAAUCAAAUGAUUUGCGAAGCUUUCGAUAAUACCCAAUUCGAAAUUUCACAAAGUAGAUUAACUAAUUGCAUUUUUUAUCACGUAGACAUAAUCAGGAUGGCCAAAACACUCGAUGAAAUCUUUUCGAAUGCAAUGUUUACGCACACUUGCAUUACCGCAAUAAUUUGCGCUUGCAUUGAAAAACAAUUUGUAGAAGGUGAUCGUUUAUGUGCCAUACUACAUUUUUCUGGAUGGAUUCUUACUUUAACGUUUGCCUGUUGUUCUGGACAGAUUCUAAUAAACGCUUGUGAAUCAAUUUCUGAAUCCAUCUGGUCUUCAAAAUGGUACGAAGCGGAUGUUAGAUUGCAGAAAGAUAUUUUGUUUAUGUUAAGAAGAAGUCAAACCAUUUUCUUUCUUACCGCCGGACCUUUCAGUUCUCUUUCAUUUCCACUACUUGUUUCGGUAAAGUUGGACAACGAGAUUUACAGAAGAAUGAUUAAUAUUUUUCAGGCUGUUAAAAUGUCCUACUCUCUGCUCUGCUUAUUGACUUCAUGA